AGUGAAGCAGGGCGAGGGGCCAAACCUCAAGUGCAGAAGGGCCUGCACAGGGUCUGUCGAGGGUCACAGCCCUGGGCACGCGCAGGAGCCCAGGCUGAACCCAGCUCUGUGUCCUCACACAAGGGCCGCACCCAGGCCUUGCGUGGGCUGUGGGUGGGGUGGGGUGUGAGGGUGUCACUGUAUAGAUGGGGCAUGGGGGGGUCAGCAUUGAACAGCUGGGGGAGGGGCCCUCGCGGGUGGGGCUCUUGUCUGAGGAGGAAGUUGGGUGAGGGGACCCCGGCCAUGGUGACCUCACUUCCCUGACAACAGAGCCCAUCAGAAUUUGGAACCCAGGUAACCAGGAACCCACAUUCCAGAGACAGCUCCCGGCCCAGCUCAUUACAUUAGAGAUAGUCAAACCAAGAUGUUCACAUGCUGCCUUCCCAGAUCCGGAGGUUGCCGACGGAAGAAAGUGCGCCCAGAAAAUGCUGUCUCCACAAGAUGUCCUUUCAGGGCUCCCCACCGCCUCUGGCCGUUUGGUCGGAAAGAACACAAGACCAUGGAUGAAAUCGGGAGGAGGCUGGCGGACAGCCGUGACAUUUCCGGGACCUGGGGCGUGACCCCACAGGGGUCCCCAGGAGCAGAUGUUCCACGACCUAAGGAGCUAGAGCCGGCUCCAACUCCAUCAGCAGCUCUGCAGGGAGGGGUGGUGCCUGCAGAGACUUCAGCAGGAGACCAGGAGCCGGCAGUUGAGCUGGCAGUUGACCCGGCACCUGCCCACGGAGAGCCUGACGCCGACCAGGAAGGGCCUGCUGGAGAACCUGUGCCCGGAGAGCCUGCCCCUGUUCCUGCCACUGUUCCUACCAGAGCCAGUGCCCCUGUGCCUGCCCCGAACUGUGGCCCUGCUCCUUCCCCAGACCCCGCUCCUGCCCUGGAUCCUGACCCAUCCCUACCCCUGCCAGUGCCCCUGUCCCUGCCCCUGACCCAGAUAGUGCCUUGGUUCCUCCCUGGGGAGAACGUGAGGAAGCGGAGGUCCCCUGGAGGAAAGGGUGACGGCACCCCUGUCUGGGAGGACAGUGCGCAGCACCCAUCCCAGCCUGCAGGUGCACCCAUCACCUACUGUGGGCAGCUCAAUCCCAGCUUGUUGAAGGGAAGACCCGUGUCCAUAAUCCCCUAUUUGCAACAGAAUCCAUAA